GCACCUAGGUCGACACCUUCCUACAGCUCACUUAGACUGCAUUGCUCCUUCGUGCUUGAUACGAAAGGUAGCUACAUUAAAUGAGCACUGAGAGAUGAUAACAAGCCAUUCAUGACACCGAGAGAACUGAGGCUUGAGGCCACACAUGCAUCGUCUCAUCUCAUGCAGCUGCUUGGCCGGCGAUGAGCGCCAGCAAUGUCCGCACCAGCUCCACGCCAGCAGCCUCUUCGUCCCUACGACCUCGCACAAACCGCCUUAUAUCUGGUCUGAGCGAUGGCGGUGAUCCUCUCAACGCUACUAGUGCUCGUAGAGCCUCUCCCUUACCCUCUCCAUUAGGCAGUCGACCUCAGUCGCCAUUACCGUCUUCCCAUCUAAGCCGGCCAAGGGCCGAUAAUAGCGAGCAGAACCGUAGUCCUGGUCCGACGUCUGUUGGAGACAGCAUCAACAGGCAGCGGAGAGCUGGGCACGAGUCGCCAAGCGCACUGGUAGACCUAUGGGGCACGUCCUGGUCGGCCAUUCAAGGCAUAGCGUCCGAACUGAUGAGCGGCGACGUGGCACUGGAUGCGAAGGAUAAGCCUACACGUACGAGACGACCAGUGCACCGUCUACAGAACGGUCAGCGAUCCUCAACCAGUGCGCCUCCGCAACAAUGGGGUCCGGCUGCGCCGGUGCCUACAGUAGCGGUGUCCAGCGUCGGCACUGGUACGCGGGAUAACCAAGUUACGGCGCUGCGCGCGAAGAAAAGGAAAGACCUGCUGACGCAACAGGAGUCAAGCUAUCAGGACACUCUUGGCAAAUAUAAACGGAGACUAUCUGACGAGCGCGCGUCCAUAUCGGCACCGCCAGGGGAGAAUGAGGACAGGGAAGCAUUGGUUUACAUCCAUCAUGUUGCGCCUGACGACACCUUAGCUGGCAUCACGCUCAAAUACAACUGCUCGGCGAAUGUAUUGCGAAAGGCGAACCGCAUGUGGCCGAACGACACGGCGCAAGCUCGUCAGAUUCUUACUUUACCUGUGGAUGCGUGUGGCGUCAAAGGCAGACCAGUUGGUGGAUCUCAGGCGCUGGACUUGCUCAACUCAGACGCAGAUGCUCUUUCCGCAGGGCAAGCAGAGGAGGUAGCCGUGCAGACCACCGAGGUGGCUAACGGCAGUGCUUUUAAGCGUAAUCGGGCGAGCUCCGCAUCCACACAUACAAGCCGCAGACCGUCUUCUUCAGCGGCAGCAUCCAGUGUGGACACCGACCAACCGUGGCACCACAACUCAUGGGUGCUGUUGCCCGGCGCCACAAUUCCCACGGAGAUUGCUCGCCUACCACGGCGAGCGCUUGGCUAUUUCCCACCCGCACGGCGGAAAAGCAACUCCUACUCUGACAAUGAGACACCCUCUACCUCUUUUGACGUUCCACGACUACCCGCGAGCGAGCAGCUGGUUGCCGUCUCGCCCUUGCGGCAGGAUCCGCCUCAGCGACCCCAGCGGCCGCGCAGACUCAGCAAUGCGAACAAUGGCUAUUUUCCUUCUUACCUGGCUGGACCAGGAGGUGUUGGCACUAUGGGCAAGGACGUGCGUGCACCGGGACCGGCACAGGAUGGUUUGAACAAAAUGUUUGCCAAGCAUCUGCCUGACGUGGCGCCACCGAGGCACCAUCAGGCACUGCUCACUCCUGGCAUGCCGCUAUAUACGGAUGAACCCACUCCGGCUGGAUCUGGCAGUGUCACACCCAACCAUAGCAGGAAUCUCAACCUCGAGAACGUUGGCGGCGCCAUCGAGUCGUGGAUGCGACGUGUUGCGACACAAGCUAAAGGUGCAGUGCAGUCAACAGACCGGCAGAGAGCUGCUCGUACGUCCGUGGGCGCUCCUGGCAGAGGUGCUGGUGGUAUUGGCGACUUAAUUGAGAUGACUGACGAGUUUGAAAUUGGUCUCGACUAUGAAGGUGAGGAUGAACCUGGCAGGGGACGGCAGGCCUCAAUCGUACCCAUUGAGACCACUACCAGGCCUGCAAUAUCGUACUUUGAUGGUGCUGUUGCACGGGAGCGGUCGAAGAAAGGUGGCAAGGUGGACUGAACCACUAUGGGCGAGUCGCCUUGUGACAUCGGACACACAAAGUACAGCCUUGUCGCAGGCGACGAUGCAUCUUACCAUGCAGUAGACGGAGAAUCACCGGCUAUGCAACAUUCAAAGGUCCACUAUUUCCGGACGCGGCGCCCAUUCCCGGCAAAAGGCGUCGAUCACUGUGGGGAGCAUUUCGCGACUCUGCA